UUUUCCCCAGCCAUCACGAGACCUCCCCAAAACCAACCAAACACCACCCCACCACCCCACCCAGCUGGUGCGCCUCCAAGAAUUCCUCGGAUUCCUUCCCCCUCUCCGGCGACGGGCUCCCUCUCCGGCACGGUCUCGGCCUCGCCAUUGGCCUCCUCUCGUCUCUGCUCCACGGAAUAUGAAGUUAAGGACAAAACGACCUGGAUGGAAGUCACUUAUGCCUCUGAAGUUGAGCAGGAAAUCUGCAUUGCGUUUCUUUUUGUUUCCCAAGGUUCAGGCGGCUGGUCAAUCUCCAGAUGACACACCAGUUUAUCUUAAUGUGUAUGAUUUGACACCCAUGAAUGGUUAUGUAUAUUGGGCAGGCCUCGGUAUAUUUCACUCCGGAAUCGAAGUACAUGGUGUUGAAUAUGCAUUUGGAGCACACGACUACCCCUCAAGUGGAGUAUUUGAAGUAGAGCCUCGGCAAUGUCCUGGUUUUAGAUUCAGGAAAUCGAUAUUUCUCGGUACAACAUGCUUAGAUCCCCUCCAAGUUCGGCAGUUCAUGGAGCUACAGUCAGUGAACUACAAUGGAGAUACUUAUCAUCUCAUCACGAAGAACUGCAACCACUUUUGCAAGGACAUGUGUUACAAGUUGACUGGUAACAAAAUUCCAAAAUGGGUAAAUCGCCUUGCCAGAAUAGGUGCCAUUUGCAACUGUCUUCUGCCAGAAUCACUCAAGAUCUCCCCAGUCGGCCAUGAUCCAAACAGUCGCCCUGAAGAUUGCGAGAAAAGGCGGCUGAGGAACCCGUUGAGCUGUUUCUCUUCGAUCUCGAGUCAGAGGCAGCUGCCCCCGUCUUCACCGUUCCCUACAUCACCUGUGAAAGAGCCUCUUGCAUACAGUUCAUCAAGGAAAUCCAACGCUCCAUCGCUGAGGAAUAGGUAGCCUGGCCUCCCUCGUGUUAACUUUUGAUACCAAGUUAAUAGGCUAAUUUGGGCCGUGGCACAUCUGGAGGGCUCAGGACGGAGGGCACUAUCCUGCAUGCUGCCGUAGCUGUCAGCUAAUUCUUUUUGCUCGGUAUCAGUCAAAUGCUUGGAGUUGCUGUAUCUUGUAAGUGAACAAUGCGAGUGAAUGAUCAAUCCACCUGGAGAGUUGUCUCAUUUGGGUGAGAGUGAAUGCCUCUCAAUUCUACCCACCCCCUGCACUCAUGAGGCACGAACCGGGAUGUAUUUGUAUAAUAUUAAUCCACUAUUCUUUCAGCUGUUUUAGCUGCCUGACCU